AGUUUUUGGACGAUCCCUUUGGUCCCAUCCAAGUUCCCAUGGCGAUGAAGGCCAUGCGAGAGAUCAUGUACAAGGUGGAGGUGCUGUAUGUGCUGUGUAUCCUCAUCACAGGCAAGCAGAGGAACAAGGUGCAAGAACUGGUGGCAAAGUACAAGUUGAUACCCCGGCUGAAUGAGCUGUAUGAAGACCUCAUAUGGAAGUGUAACAUAAGAAGACGAGUGCACGGUGAAGCCUGUGAAUGUAGUCCUGAGAUAGCUCUGAAGAUUCAGUUCCUGAGAUUGUCCCACAGUUUCUGUGAUCACCACGGAAACAAGUAUCUAAUGAUGUCUGAAUCAGAACUCAAUGAACUGGGAAGAAUAAGAGUUCAAGCUGAGUUACCUGUGGUACCAGAGGUCAGUGACAUAGACAGAGAGUUAGUGUGUAGAGGUGAGAAGGGCCUGUUGUCCAAGAUCAUCCAAACCAUGAAGACUGAGAAACCAUCAUCUCCAUUCAGGUUUUGGCUGUGUCGCGCUGUGGAGAGUUUCCUGAGAGGUGUGACGUGUUUCGUGGAUCAGAUCUGGCUGCUCAGGAGGGGGCUGUUAGAGCAUGUCCUGUCUGUGAUCAUCGACCCCGACUGUGACAACAAGGAGAUCCUGCAGAGCAGCUUCGAUCUGCUAGGGGAGCUCAUGAAGUUCAACUACAACUCCUUCAAGAGGUUCAGCAGAUUCAUGGACAAUGAGGAUAAGUUCCAGCGGUUCCUGAAGCAGGUGAGCUCCCACCUGGUGGACUCCAACAUGUUCAUCAGGUCUGUGGUGCUGAGUCAGGAACACUUCGCCACCAAACAGACUGAGUACAGCGAGUUUGCGACCACACAGUGCCGACUGUUGAUACAUGUAGGCGAGCCCAAAAACAGGACCAAGUUCUUGUGCAGCCUUAUCAACAUCAUCCAGGUCUCUACACUUACACAGGAGAAUGUCAGCUGCCUGAACACAGCGCUAGUUAUCCUGAUGUUUGCCCGCCGGUGUGGCAGCCUCCCGCUCUACCUCCAGUCCCUACGAGAGGAAGAGAUGCGGGGGUACCACCCAGGCUUUCUUCUCAACAACUUCAGGAGCCUGCUUAGAUUCUGGGAAUCUCACUACCUCAGGAAUGACAAGGAGUGCUGUGCACUGGAAAAGGUAGUCAAGAGUUCUGGGAUUUCCCUGGACUACUGGAGGGAAACAACGCUGACAAUGAGAGGCACGGACCGGACUAACGUGGAGUCUAUCAUACACUACAUCGACGAGCCAUACGUGGAAGAAUAGCGCGAUCGGAUAUAAAUAGAUCAGCAUUACUAGCUGCAAUAGUGUCUUUCCAUUUGCCAGUGAAAACAGUAUCAUGAUUUAUUUUGAAUAUGAUUUAUUGAUCUAUAUGUUGGAGAGGUGUAUCUCUUUGAUUGAUAUGUAAGUUAUGCUGCAUUAUAACAGUGAUGAACACAUCUACAGUAAAAAUAGGUUUGAAGCUGCAUGUGUUUCCACAGCCAAGAGAGCAUUUUUUCUUGGACCCUUUGGGUACUUGCAGUACCAAAGCAAACUGUCAAGAGUGCUUCUGAACAACAUAGACGGGUUGGCCUGGACAGUCAUUGGUUCAUGAAUGCUGAUACAGUCAUAGAUUUCAAAAGCCACCCAAGGCUCUAAUUAGUCCCCUAGCUCACCCUACUGCACUGCUACUGUGACAUUUGCCUCUUGUAUGUCUUGCUGUUCAAAAGGUUCAGUACAGCUCAUGACUUGCAUGUGUUUACCAGAUGACUCCUUUCAGUAUACAUUAUUUUACAUCACAAAUCUUGGAACAGUUAACACACCGUUACAUCCAUUUACUCUGGCAUGACGGAAGAGAAAAUUCUGGUUGAGCAAGAAAUUUCCCUUGAUGUCUGUACUUGGGCUAAGAGGGGAAAAGAGCUUACAUCAUUUACUGCUGCCUACCCCUGUGUCAGGGACCCCAGCAGCAGUAUAAUCAAAUACUGGAUACUACUACUACACUACUAUCAGAUUGUUUGAAGGCUCCACCACAUUAUACAUGCAGUUUUCUGAGUAAUAGAUUUAAUACAAGGGCAAAAAUCAAUGCUUAAGGUAUGACUCUUUGAUAAAAGCAACGAAACAUGACUGACAAUUGGUUCACUUCUUUGUUAAUCCGUGAUGAAAUUCUACAGAAUUUUGUUGAUUAUGUAAUCUUUUAGUAAUAUCUUGAGUUGAGUUUCCCCUUAAUUAACCAACAGGAACACAUUUAUUAGAAACAUUCAAAGUUGAAUUACAGGACACUGUGGUAUGCUGAUGCUCAUUUGCCUUUUUAAGGUCAACUGCAGAUAGCCACAUGUCCAAUAUGAUUUGGCUAUCGUUGUAACAAGUUACUUGUAACAAGUAACAAGUCCCAACCUUUGGAAGCAAAAUCAACUUCACGUUUUUGGUGGAAUUGUGUGAGCGGAAUUCUGUGUGUAUGUUUGUAAAAAAUACUUUCAUGGUUUACGAUGUCUUACGAUAUAUUACCGUUACCGAAAGCUAUGGUGGAAUAUUUCGCACAUAUUAACAUACUUGUGUAAAAGGAACUUUUCUUGCAUAAGUUAUAACAUAUAUCAUAUAUAAUGUCCCUCAAAGAUUUUGUUAUGUAUUUUUAUGAGUUUGUGAAAACAGCAAACGACUAUGUAUCAGAAAUUACUUGCAAUUCAUGUUGUUUUUUUCUAUUGUUUCAGUGAAUAAAGGAGUACCAAGAGUUGUAGCACACAAA